AUGAGUUCAAAUAACCCUUGGAAGGAAGAAUCAGAAUUAACUCCAACUCAAUCACCUCAAAAAUCAACCAUAUCAAAUACUUCAAUAAAUUCAAAUUCAUCAACUCCUCAUACUAAAAAAUCUUCUUCAACUACAUCAAAUGGAGAAUUACGACCAUUGAGAUUAUCAAAACAAAGAUCAUCAACAUCUUCAUCAAAUUCAACACCUACAGUUUCAUCAUUUUCUAAUAAUCAAAUAUCACCAAGUAGGAAAUCAAGUUUACCUAAUAAUAAUAAUCAAUCAACAGAUGAUGGAUUUCAAUGUCGACCUAUGAGAUUAGGUUCAAAUCGAAAUAAUUCAGAUCCUUCAGAAACUUUUACUAGAAAAAAUUCAGAAUCCACACAAUCUUCUAGUUUACAACGUAAAAAAUCAAUUCAAAUUAAAAAUUUACCAAUAAAUAAACGUAAUAGUAUAAUAAGUAAUCACUCAUCAAUAGACAGUAAUAAUAAAUAUGAUGAUAUGAUUUUUGCUAUAUGUUUAGUUGAUUUUCAUCAUCAAAGAGGUCCAGAAAUUCAAUGGUGGAAAUCAAAUUAUCAUCAAGAAUAUUCACCAAAUUUAUUUAAAAAUUUAUCAUUUCAAGCAUUACCAGAUGGUUCUCAUUUAUUUGAAGAAACAUUUUCAAAUUUUAAUUUAAUUUAUGAUUUUAAUGAAAAAAUUUCAAUAGAUGAUUUGAAUGAAAUUAAUGAUUUUAAAGGAGAUCCAAGAAAUUUAAAAACUUUAUUUGGUUGUUCAUGUGUUCAUCAAUUAAAAACUAGUGAAUUAGAUAAUGAAGAAAAACAGAGAAAUAAAGAUAUAACAAGAUCAAUUGUACAAAAAGCUGUUGUUGUUAUAGUUAGAAAACAACCAAUUUUUACCAAAAUUAAAGAAAAAUUAUCAAUAAUCACCAAAAGUUAUUUUUUACAACAAAAAUUUAAUGAUUAUGAAAUAUUAGAACAUUUAUUUGAUAAUUUAAAUAAUCAAUAUAAAUUAGUUGAUAAUGAAUUACAAAUUAAUGAAAUUGAAGAAGAAGAAAAUUAUAUAAAUUUAAAUCUACGAUCAUCACUACUUAAAUUUAAACUAGAUUAUAUGAUUAUAUUUAAAGCUUUACUACUUGAAAAAAAAAUAUUAAUAUAUUCAAAUAAUAACUUAGAAACUUUAACACAAUUUCAAAAUAAUUUAAUAUCAUUAAUUCCAAAUUUAAUAAAUAAUUUAGAUGAUUCAGGUUGUCCAUUAAUAGAUUAUAUUGAAACAAAUGGACCAUUAGAUAAACCACAAUCCCUCAAUACAAAUAAUAGAUUAUCAAUGUUAAGAUUUUAUGGAUUACCUUUACAAAUUUUUAAUACGAAAAAUUCAUUUUGGAAUCCUUAUUUACCAUUACAACAAUUAAAUGAAUUAAAAAUUAAUAGUUUUAUGAUUGGUUGUUCAAAUUUAUUAUUUGUAAAUCAAGCAACUACAUAUGGAAUAGAUUUAUUAAUAAAUUUAGAUUCAAAUGAAAUUUCAUAUCCAAAAACAAUAUCACAACCUGAUUACCUUACCCUAAGUAAUUUGGAUAAAAAAUUUAUAAAUAAUUUAAUUAAUUCAACAAAUUUAAAAGAUGAAUUUUUAGGAAAUGAUGAUUAUAUAAGAUAUCAAUUUGAAGAAUAUUUAAAUCUGUUAAUAUCAACAAUUAGAUUUUGGCAAUAUAAAGAAAAAUUUAAUCAAUCACCUCCUGGAUUUACAAAUUCAUCAUAUGGUAAUUUACAAGAUUUUAAUAAAAUUUAUAUUGAUAAUUGGGUUAAAACUCAAAAUUUUAAAAUUUGGAAUUUAAUGUGUGAUGAUAUGAUUUUUAAUUUUAUUGAACCAAAACAUAUUGGUCAUAGUUUAAUAAAUCAACCAAUAUCAAUAAAUAAAAAUAUUUCUAAUUUUUUUAAUAAUUUUAAAUUUCAAAAACAAAAUUUGGAGGUUGAUGAUGAAAAUAUAAAAUCUCAUAAAUUUAUUGAAAAAGAAAAUAAUAAUGAUAUUACUAAUGAUGUUAAUGAUAAUGAAUCAGUUGAUGAAUUAGUUGAAGGAUUUGAAAAAGUAAAUAGUUCUACUGAUGAUAAUUCUUUCAAAUCUAAUCAAACUCAAAACAGUUGGUCAAAUUGGGCUUUUAAAAAGAAGUAA